AUGGACUCCCAAUCCCCCGACUAUCACCUCAUCGGCCUCUAUACCCGAUACUCCAGCUGGACAGCCCGAGUGGAAGCCGUCCUGGAAUACUUCCAAAUCCCACACACACACCAAUUCAUCAAACUCUCCGAAACCAAAACCCACUCCCCAACCGGCCUCGUCCCAGUCCUCCACGUCAAAUCCCUCAACGCAACAAUAACAGACAGCCUCUCCAUCAGCGAAUUCCUCGCCGAAUCCCACCCAGACCUCCCCCUCUGGCCUAAAGACCGCAAACUGCGCGCCCUCGCCCGCUCCGCAGCAUCGCAGAUGCAUUCCGGCUUCUCCGUGCUGCGCAAUGACUUCAGCACGAACUUCCUCGCACGGUAUACGGGCAACGUGCCCAUUUCCGCCGAGGCCAUGUCGGAGAUUAAGCGCAUGUUUGGGAUUUGGGAUGCUGCCCGGAGUGCUACAAAGGAGAGACUCGGGGAGCUGGGGGAGGCGGGGAAGGAUGAUGGGUUCUUGUUUGGUGGGUUUAGUAUUGCGGAUGCCUUUUUCUGGCCGAUUCUUUGGCGGUUCCGCUCUUAUGGUGUGCCUUUGGAUGCUGCUGGUCCUGGUGCUCUGGCUUGGAUGGAGAAAAUGUGGAAUGAUCCUGUUUUCAGGGCUUUAGGGGAUCGGUACUAUGGACAGGCCAAGGAUCCCCAGUCGCAGAUUGCGCACUAUGAUGAUAUUUUCUCUGGCAGGGAGGAUAUUCAGUAUAGCGUUUUCCCGCAAGAUUGGACUUUUUCGGUUUCUGGGAAUUGA